AUGGCAUGUUUUAUAUUUUUUGUCACCGGGACUACAUUUGGAUUUUAUUUAAUGGCUACACCUGACACAGACCCGGAGAAGGUGCUUCACAUGAAACUUCAUGACUUGCAAAUGAACUACAGCGAUGCACGCCUGAAACAGUUGCUGGCAGAACAUGGCCUGGAUAAUAUGCCUUUCACAGUGACAACCAGAAAUGUGCUACUCAAGAAACUUGCUCAGAAAAUUCUGAACAUGUCACCUGGACA